GGGUGUGAAAUCACAUGACUGAAAGCUGAUAGUCCUCUUCACUGGCGGCUCAACUCACAGAGCUAGACAACAUCAACAUGCUUCCUACCCUCCUCACCACCACCAUGCUUUUUACAAUGGGAUCUGAUGCUGUCCCUUUUGCCAUCUUAUCUCCACCAUUUCAUACUGAUCUCAACGGCUUGACCAUCCUGGUGUGUGUGGUCCAUGACAUUCAUCGAGCAGAGCUGGAGGUCGCCUGGAUUUCUAGUGGCACCAGAGGAACUAAUCCGCCAGUCUCGAACUUGCUCCAAGGACACAUUCAGAGCGCAAUGUCUGUUAUAUCUGUGCCCUCGAGUGAAUGGAUGUCCUACACCUGCUUUGUGAGUCACAGAGGCUCCGAUCAACUCCUGCACAGACAUUAUGCUGGAUUCCCAAUGGAGACGACCGGAAUGGCUGACGAUGAAGAAACCUUUGAUACGUGUUUGGACCAUCAAAGCAGUUUUUUCGAAGACGUCCGAGCAAACGGAGAUCUAUUAUUUGUUGAAGCUCUCAGGAUUCUCCUCAUCAAAAUCACCAUUUUCGACAUUUUAAUGACAGUGCAGGCCGUCAUAAAGUGAGUUUCAAAAACAACUGUCACGGAUGUCAGAGUUAAUUGGACGUGCUCUUGGAGGAAUUCCAGCUGAUGCAAAUGAGAAUCUGGAAUGUUGAUGUGCGUCUCGAUGAGCCACAAGACGCAGGUGCUUCGAUAUGUGAGCAGAUGAGUGUGAUAGCUGCUCACAACCACAUCAUGUACACAAUACAACACAUGCACUGCACUACAUGCUGCUUUUGUAGGCCAUUGUCAAAUAUAAAAGCUUUGAAUGGCAUUGUCAAGUCAGCUUCCACUGUUGUGACACUGUUGAACUCUGUCUGACAGUGAUGAAACUUUGAUGAAACUCUUUGUUGCAUGGGAAUGAGAUCAUUGUGCAUAGCGCUUUAUCAAAGAUUGAGACACUGUUUCAUUUUAUUUUUGGGGAAGUUGUGAAUGUGACGUCAGUGCUUCAUCAAGACUGGAGCAUUGAAUGUCCACAUUUUGUUUUAACUAUUUGCACUACUGUUCAAAAGUUUGCUAUUUUUUAGUUAAUUUUUGUUUUUGAAAGUGUCUCAUGCUCAGCAAGGCUGCAUUUAUGUGAUCAAAAAACAGGGAAAACAGUAAUAUUAUCAUUAUUAUUACUGUUUUCUAUUUGAACAUAUUUCAUUGUCACAUGGUCCCUCAGAAAUCAUUCUAAUAUGCUAAUUAGCUUUUUUGAAUUUGAAAUCUUUCUAUUAUAAAUUUCAAAAACAGCUGUGGUGCUUAAAAUUGUUGUGAAAACAGCACUACAUUUUUCGCAAUUCUUUGAUGAAUAAAAAGUAAAAAAGAACGGCAUUUAUUUGACAAAAUUAUUUUGUAAUAUUAUGUAAGUCACAGUAGUGUAUAUUACAGAAAAAUGCUAUUACAGAAAAUUAGGAAAAUGUUAUUAAGGAGCACUUGACUUUGGAGAACUUGAUUGUUGUUUACAACUUUGCUAUAGUGUAGUACAAUUAUACUUGUGGUCUGAUGGUUAUACUUGUACUGUGUUGCAUUGCCUUGUGUUCUUGCUUUGGAUGCAAGUCUACUAAAUUACUAAAUCUAAAUGUAAAAGCCAAUGAAUGUAUAUGGCAAUUAACCACAAAUGAAAUGUGUAAAAAAUAAAUAAAGCCAGUGCAUUUA